UCUGUGCCUGUCUCCACCACACGCAGUCCACAUUUAGUAAACAUUAACUACACACAUCGAUGAGACCUACUUUAGUCGUACUUAAGUUCUACUUAUGUCCAACUUAAGUCCUACUCUCUCUCUCUGACCGUCCUGAGAAAACAACUGAACAAGUUCUGAUUUGAGCAGCCAUGUCGGGGUCCGCAGACCGCCUGUUGAGGCUCAUCUAUGACUGGAUCCAGGAGGCGAGGGACUGCAGCUCUAACAUGAGAGCUCUGGCGCAAAAGCUGGAGUCCCUGAGGAAGGACUGCAACGUGUGGGACACAGUGGGCAGUACUGUGACUGUGGUGGGGUCAGCGGUAGCUGCUGUAGGCGCCUUGUUCACUGGGGGAGCCUCUCUGGCUCUGUGGGGAGCAGUGGGAGGAACUGUGGGAGCGGGCGUCAGCCUCGUCACCAACAUCACUGAGAGCUUCAAGUCCAGCAAGGAACUGAAGAAAAUUGAGAAAAUAGACAAGAAAUGCAGUGAGCUCGCUGACAAAAUAAAAAAACAGUUUGAUGAGUUGAGAAAGGAGUGUCCAUCCAGCAGUGCUGAUAAACAGGACCAGUAUGUGGUGAAUGAAAUUCUGAAAGCCAUGUCCCGGAGAAGCAAACCGAACAGUGACAUAGACAUAGAAGAUCUGGUGGAUUUGAUGCAACAUUUAAUGAAGAAUCCAUGGGUCAAGAACAUCACCAAACGCCUGUCCACCUCACUGGUCUGUGAGGUCCUAGAAGUCCUGACUGUCUUCUCUCUUCGGCUGGAGGGGAAAAUACUGGCUGGAGCUGCCUCAAAAGGAGGACAGCAGAUCGGCAAAGCUGUGGUUGGACGAGGGGCCUCCAAGUUUCUUGGUGGUGUGGUGGGGCUGGUCUUUUCUCUUCCUGAAGCCAUAGACAACUGGACAGAGGCUAUCAAAAAUAAACAUGAGACUAAAGCCAGCAAAUCCCUGAGAGACACAGCUAAGCAGAUCGACGAGGCUGUAAGGAACCUGUCCAACAAUCUCUCUCAGAUCCAGAAAAUGAUUCAGGAGGCUGCAACAACUCACUGCCCCACAAGUGAAGAAGAUGAUGAACAUGAAGAAGAUGAAGAAGAUGAAGAAGAUGAGGAGGAUGAAGAAGAUGAGGAGGAUGAAGAAGAUGAGGAGGAUGAAGAAGAUGAAGAAGAUAAAUAUGGAGAAGAUGAAGAAAGUGAAGAAAAUGAAGAAGAUGGAAAAGAUGACGAAACUGAAGAAAGUGAAGAAGAUGAGGAGGAUGAAGAAGAUGAGGAGGAUGAAGAAGAUGAGGAGGAUGAAGAAGAUGAUGAAAAUGAGAUGAGGAUGGCGCUGCUCAAUGUUCGCUCUCUUAAUAAAUUCAUUAGGACUAGAAAUGGCAGCCACCUGAGCGGUCUGAUUCUGAACAACGCCCUGGAUGUGUUGUUCAUCACAGAGACCUGGUUACCGCUGAGAACCGUCUCCAACGCUGAACUUCAGUCUGCACUUCAGUCCCUUCUGCCCCCAAAUUACAGUUAUUUGAACGAUCCCCGUUUCUACAGCCGUGGAGGAGGUCUGAUACUCAUCUUCUCCAAUGAGUUUGAAUGUGAACAGACAUAUUUUGACUUCUUUUUCUUUUUUGAGUACAUAGCUGCACGUUUAAACCAUCCAUCGUCUCAUGAGACAAUCCUACUCCUGAAUAUCUAUCGCCCUCCUUCCAGACCGGUAGAACAGUUCCUUGAGGAGUUGGAAGUUCUUUUGCAAAACGCUUUUGAUAAUUACAGACAUGUCAUAAUCGCGGGUGAUUUCAAUAUUUGGGUUGAUGAACCAAACAGACAUUCAAAAAGGUUUUUCAAGCUCUUGGACCGGUUCGGCCUGGUUCAGCACGUGAACGAGAGCACUCACAUACGAGGGCACACACUGGACCUGGUCUUGGCCCGUUCCAGUGUUGGAAUCAACGUCUCGUCUGUGGAACCCACCAGGUUUUCAGACCACAGCACAGUGUUCUUCACCCCCAAAGGGUUGCCUCCGAAGAGAAAGAAGAAAAGUAAAAAGAAAAAGAAACUCAGAAGGGAAAGGAGAUAGAUUGAUUUAUCGAGUUCUACAAUUUCAGGACAGGGUAUUGAAUGAAGUCAAUUUACAUCCGACGCGUCUGUAUAUUAGAAAGCUUUAUGCUGCUACACAUUCAUUGUCGAUUGGAUGAAUUCCAUUUAGAACUAUACAAGAGGGGCCCCACAGGCAUGUACUUGAUAUUUGGAAGUAGAGGAAAACUACACAGGCACAGGGAGAACAUGCAAACUCCACACAGAAAGGCCCUGCGCUGCCCUAGAAUCAAACCUUCUUGUUUUGAGGCGAGAGCAUUAACCACUCUGCCACUGUGCCACAGCAACAAUGGGACUUUCCCUUCAGAAGUUGUUCUUCAUAAAGUUGAUUUUUAAUGUGGAGAGAAAAUUCAGUUUGUGGACUGGACAAAAGUUAGUGUGAGAGAAUUUCUAUGUUAUUUUAAGUGUUAUGAAUCAUUUAACGACAUAAUCAUUUGUGUGUGUGUGAAUAAAGUUAUCAAUAAUUGUUUUUUGGGUUUUUCCAUAUAUGCAAUCAUAUGACCUAGUUAAGGAGUUCCUGACUCAUUAACCUAACCUAUUUAUCUUCCAUGAGAAAAGCAGCUAAGGGCUUUCCCCAUCAUGUGUUCAACGUAAGUCAUGACCUGAUUGUUUAUCACCUGGAACAUGUAAUCAAGUGUGAAAUGGGGGGGCGGUUUAGACUAAAAGAUUGUUAGUAUGUGAUCAUGUAAACACCGUGUGAUAUGAUGUCAUGUAUUGUACCUUAUCUGUGUCAUAAUUUUGAAUAAAUGAGUGUUCGGAGAGUUGUUGGGCAGAGUCGGCCAGAGCGUAGCCAGGGGCAGGCAGUCCUCAACUCUCCUGGCACAAGUAUU